AUGUACGAGAGCCGGCACUGGCAACACCAAGCAAAAGAUUUGAAGUACCACCGACUGCUGGGCCUCUCGGGGGACGCAGAGGACCGCGCGUCGGGACUUUGUUCUUGGGCAUUUGGCCUUGGAGUGACGGCCCUAGGCCUGAUCGAUUACUUUGGAACUUUCAAGACGUGGCCCAAAGAAGUGCGGGAUGAUCUUCGCGUCGCCCUCAAAGCACGUAACCGUGGUGACAGUCGCCGAGCAGAGGCACACUUUAGAAGAGCAUUGGCUACAGCGCGAUCACUUCCUCCACAGGCACUGGGCUCGGAACGGCUGCUCAAGAUCUCAGGGUUGAGCAUUGCGCUCGGCAGCCUGCUCGAGGCAGAGCACGAGUACACGGCAGCCUAUCAAGUCUACGCCGAGAGUCUGGACGAGGUCCUUGGUCAAGGCAGCUUUGGAUCUGCGCAAGCAGCGACGCACCCUGCUGGUUUCAAUUCCGACUCUGACUCUUCUAGAGGGCUCAGUCCGCAAGAGCGCCUGCGUACUGUGGCGCUUGCACAGAAACUGGGCGAUCUCGCCAGCAGCGGUAUGAUCACCGAUGGCUUGUCGACUGUCACGCAAUCCGCGGGGCCCUCGGCCGCUGCAGCGACGAUGGACGAUUUGGUGGAGCAGCACUAUGUCUGGUCCGUCGAGGAGCUGCUGCGUCUCGUCAUGAAUGACGAGCAACGCCGCAAGGCGAUCGCCGACGCGGCUUCUGCUGAUGCGACGGGCGGCGGCGUCAUGCUCUCGGAACUGGGGUUGCCAGAAUGGAUCUCGCCUAGCGACCUGGGCGGCAGCCUCGAGGCGCUCGCCGGGUUCUACACGCGCAAGGGCAAAGCAGAUCUUGCCGUGCCGCUGUACCUGCAAGCUCUGUCACUUCUGAUGCCCCCGUCAUCGCCGUCUUCAUCAGAACCGCCGAGGCCCCCUCCGACAGCGAGCGAGCGAUGUCGCGCGGGAGUAUUGAUGAACAAUCUCGGGCAGCUGCUCGUCGAUGGACAAGGGCCGAAGGGCGGAGCAGAUAUGACUGUGGACAAGCAAAAGGUAAAGCAGGCGAUCGCGUGGGUGCAAAAAGGCUUGGACGUCGUACAGAAGACGCAGCGCUUGGCGGGAUGGGAACAGUUGCAGCAGGGUCCUUCUUCACAAGGAGCGGCUGGAGGGAAGGCAAAAGAGGUUCUGCAGACCUCAGACGCGAGGACGCAGGAGGUGUGUCUGGAGUGCGCGGCAGCGGAAGUGGCACUGCUUUACAAUUUCGGCGUGAUGAGCGAGAUGCUGAACGACACAUGCAAAGCACGCGAAGCGUAUCAGCGAGCCUAUGCGCGCGCUGACCAGCACCAGAUGCGAAAUGCGCGCAACAAGAGUGCGCAUGCGCUUAUGAAGCUCGAGCGGCGCAGCGGUGGUGGCAAGACCGCGUAG